AUUUAAUUAUUCAACCCUAAAAUCUCUCUGUUACUCUCUAAAAUAAUCCAGCCCAAUUAAAUGAUUAAAAUCGAAAAAUCAAUUUUAAUAAAUAAAAACCAAUACGAAAGAGAGAAGAACAGAAAAAGCCCACCAUCAUUAGUCCCUCGGGAGAAAAAAAAUGGAAAACAGAUAAAGAAACAGAAGAUUAUCAUCAAUAAAGCAUCAAAAUCUUACAUAGCAACAUCCCAAAGCUCCUCCACAGCUCCACCAGCCCUUUUUCUUACAUUUUUUCUUAUUUUGUACAAUUUAGCAAAGAAAUCCUUUUUUUUUUGUUGGUAUCAUUUUGUCAAACCCUAGACUUGUUCUGUUAUUUCAAGAAAACCCAAGAAACUCUUUAGAUUAGCCACAAUACAGGGGAUUUCUCAUCUGGAUGUUUUUCAAAUUUUCAAGAUUUUGAGAGUUUAAUGUCACAGAUGAAGUACAUUGAUAACACACCAUCAACUCUAGGUAAGUUUAAGAUGGAGAAGUCCCCAUACAAUAAUAGGCUGAGGGUGCAUUCAUCUCUAGCCAAGAUCACCUUCUGGUCCUUUGUUUUCCUUGGCUUGAUCUUUGUGUUUUUUUAUAGACCACCUUCUUCUUCCUCUCCUGUCACGUCAGAUCUCAAUAGGAGGUCCCUCAGAACCAACUCUUAUGGUGGUCCUGCCUGGGAAAAAAGGGUCAGGACUUCAGCUAAAAUCAGGUCAAAAAAUAGGAUUUCGGUUUUGGUCACUGGGGCUGCUGGUUUUGUAGGCACCCAUGUUUCGGCCGCCCUCAAGCGCCGUGGGGAUGGCGUUCUUGGGCUUGAUAAUUUCAAUGACUAUUAUGAUCCGUCCCUUAAGAGGGCGCGGCAGGCGCUCUUGGAGCGCUCCGGAGUGUACAUUGUGGAGGGUGAUAUCAAUGAUGUUGCCCUCUUGAUCAAGCUUUUCGACAUUGUCCCAUUUACCCAUGUUAUGCAUUUGGCUGCACAGGCAGGGGUACGCUAUGCCAUGGAAAAUCCUAGCUCCUACAUUCAUAGCAACGUUGCAGGCUUUGUUAGUUUGCUUGAGGUUUGCAAGAGCGCAAAUCCUCAGCCUGCUAUUGUGUGGGCUUCGAGCAGUUCUGUUUAUGGAUUGAAUACAAAGGUGCCUUUUUCGGAGAAGGAUAGGACUGACCAGCCUGCUAGUUUAUAUGCUGCAACUAAGAAGGCUGGUGAGGAGAUUGCGCAUACUUAUAACCAUAUAUACGGUCUUUCGCUUACUGGAUUGAGGUUCUUCACGGUUUAUGGACCUUGGGGUAGGCCAGACAUGGCAUAUUUCUUUUUUAGUAGGGAUAUUUUGAAGGGGAAAUCAAUUCCAAUCUUCCAGGGACCUAAUCAUGGUACAGUUGCGAGGGAUUUCACUUACAUUGACGAUGUUGUGAAGGGUUGUUUGGGGGCAUUGGAUACCGCUGAGAAGAGUACUGGCAGUAGUGGCAAGAAGAAGGGGCCUGCACAAUUACGUCUUUACAAUUUGGGAAACACAUCUCCUGUACCUGUUUCAGAUCUUGUGAGCAUUUUGGAGAGGUUACUCAAGGUGAAGGCAAAGAGGAUGAUUAUAAAGUUGCCUAGGAAUGGGGAUGUGCAGUUCACACAUGCUAACAUAAGCUUGGCUCACAGGGAGCUUGGAUAUAAGCCCACGACAGAUCUCCAGACGGGAUUGAAGAAGUUCGUUCAAUGGUAUCUCAGUUACUAUAGUAAUGCGAAGAAGAGUGCACAGUAACACAAUAUUUUUUCAGUUGUGUGGUAGAAUCAUUCCAUUCUUGUUUAUUUUUGAUUCUUAUGAUUGAUUUAACCUAUCUGUCACACCAAUUAUCUUGUUUCCAAAAAUCUUGAUGAUGUUGUAUAUGGAGGCAAUUCCGAAUCCCACAAAGAAGCAGCUUUUGUGGUUGGUGGGCAUUGCUGGCUUGGACAUUCUGGUCUGUAUCAAAAGACACGACAAACAUUUGUGAUUCAUGGGAAUUGUUGUAUUUUUACCACGAUAGAAUUCGUAUCUGAUAAAGCAAUACGCUGAUUUUUGGACUUGUAUCAUCUUUAUAAUAUCCAAAUAAACAAGUACAUGAUAAUUUGGCUGUAACAUUCUUUAUGUAGAUACAUUAAGUGACUUUUGAAUUAAAUUCUUGCUUAAUUACUGCUGCAGCAAAGGCUGAUGUAUUGGACUGUCUACUAUAAUCGGCUUAUUCAUUUGC